UUGCGCUGCUCUCCUUUGAGUUGUUGAACUUCUUUCAUCGCGAAAGAGUCUAAAAGUUUUUUCUUGAAAAAACAAGAUUUUGGAUGAAAUUUUACCAUUUUUGACGAAUAUUCGAGAAGGAACCACCACUCGAAUAGUUUUUAAGUGCCCCUAAACCCGCGCAGCGAUGUCUUCCCGGUUGAAUCUGGUGCGGACGCUGCUGAGCCAGUCCAGCUCGUCGGAGGACCGAGGUUCCGGCGGAACCAGUGCAGAAGCUUCGGCGGACACCGGCUUCCAGACGCGCACGCCGGAGACGACACCGAACUCGCAGCGCAAAAUCAUCGGCCGUGGCCAGCCGGCUGGUAGCGUUCCGACGAUCGGAACGAGCGGGCUGGACUCUUCGGAGUCGGACAAUCAGGCAAGUGUGGUGUCGUCGAACGUUGGACCCACGCUUUCGGGUCGUGGUCGGGCCCAGUUUAUUCAGGGGCUGUUGAAGCAGCCGCUGGAGUCCGGGCGGUCGAUUCCGACGGUGGCGGAUGAUUCGGCCAGUACGAUUUCGUCCGCGCCGGCCGUGUCGAUUCUGGGGGCGGGGCGUGGGCGGUUCAUGCAGCAGUUGAUGAACACUCGUGCGGACGAGCCGAGCGUUAGCGACGAGAGCAAGACUCAGCUGACGGAGCAAAUGUCGCAGAUUACGAUCGCCGAAACGGUGCAGACGGUAGAGCGGGAACCGGUGAAGCGAAUGGGAACGAAGGGCACACCGGUACAGCUCAUGACCAAUUACAUUAGGAUUGCUUGCGAUCCGGAUCGUGGUCUGUACGAGUACGAAGUGCGCUUCAACCCGGAAGUGGACUCGAAAGUGGCGCGAUCGAAGUACAUCAACCAGCAUCGAGAGGUGAUUGGGAAUGCUAAGACGUUUGACGGGGUUAAGCUGUUCCUGCCGAAGAAGCUGCCCAACGUGGAAACAAUUCUGCAGUCGGAAAACGAAGUCGACGGACACACGGUCACGAUUCGGUUGAUGUACAAACGGAAGCAGCGGAUGUCGGAGAACAUCCAGUUCUACAAUAUUCUCUUCCAGCGGAUUAUGAAGGUGCUCAAGAUGAUAGAGAUGGGGCGGAAGAACUUCGAUCCGUCCGCGCCGAAGCUCAUCCCACAGCACCGGCUGGAAAUCUGGCCGGGUUACGUGAGCGCCGUCGACGAGUACGAAGGUGGGCUGAUGCUGAAUCUGGACGUUUCGCAUCGCGUUCUGCUGCAGACCACCGUGCUGGACCACAUCCGUACAAUCGCCAAAAGCAAUCCAAGCGACUGGAAGAACCUUGUCACCAAGUCACUGCUCGGGGCCGUCAUCCUGACCCGGUACAACAACAAAACGUACCGCAUCGACGACAUCAUCUUCGACCAGAACCCGACGAUGACGUUCAUGUCCAGCAACCGGCAGCAGCAAAUCUCGUACGUCGAGUACUACAAGCAACAGUACAACAUCACAAUCCACGAUCUAAAGCAGCCGCUGCUGAUUCACCGCAAGGAGCGUCGCAUCGCCGGCCAGGACAAACCGCAGGAGCUGAUGAUGUGCCUCAUUCCGGAGAUAAGCUACCUGACCGGACUCACCGACGAGAUGCGAAACGACUUCAAAGUGAUGCGUGACAUUGCGGCCUUCACACGGGUCUCUCCGAACCAGCGACUCAACAGUAUGCGCCAGUUUUGCUACAACGUCAACCAAAACAAGGAGGCGCGUGAAAUCCUCGAAGUUUGGGGCCUCAAGCUGGACAUGGAACCGCUCGUCAUGAAGGGCCGCGCCUUCGAGGAGGAAAAAGUCAUCUUCGGCAACGCCCAAGUCGGCGUCGGCAAGGCCGGUGACUUCAACCGAGCCGUCACAAGCAGCAACAUGCUCAGCGCCAUCCCAAUCCGCAAGUGGCUGCUCGUGCACACCAACAAGGACAUGAAGAUCGCCAAGUCCUUCAUGGACUGCGUGCAGCGCAGCUGUCGACCCAUGGGAAUCGAAGUGGACACCCCCGCCAUCGAAGUCCUGCCCACCGACAAAACCGAACUGUACGUGCAACUCCUGCGCACCAAAAUCCGCCAAGACACCCAAAUCGUCGUCAUCAUCUGCCCGACGUCCCGCGACGAUCGGUACGCCGCCAUCAAGCGAAUCUGCUGCUCGGAAAUCCCCGUCCCGUCCCAGGUCAUCAACGCGCGAACGCUCGCCAACGAGGCGAAAAAUCGCGCCAUCGUGCAGAAGAUCCUGCUCCAGAUGAACUGCAAACUGGGCGGAACGCUGUGGAGCAUCAAGAUCCCGUUCCAGAACGUGAUGAUCGCCGGCAUCGACACCUACCACGACCCGAAGCAGAAGAGCAACUCGGUGUCGGCGUUUGUGGCGUCGCUGAACGGGGAGUACACGCGUUGGUACUCGCGCGCCUGCAUCCAGAGCAAGAAGGAGGAGUUUAUGAACGGGCUGUGCGCCUCGCUGGAGAAGUCGCUGCGCGCGUACGAGAAGCUGAACGGGGUGCUGCCGCAGAAGAUUAUCAUCUUCAGAGACGGCGUCGGCGACGGUCAGCUGCGAAUGUGCUCCGAAUACGAGAUUCCGCAGCUGAUGGAGGCGUGCAAGCUGGUCGAACCCAACUAUUGUCCGGAGCUGGCCUUCAUCGUGGUUCAGAAGCGCAUCAACACCCGAAUGUUCCGGAUUGACGGCCAAUCGAACCUGAACAACCCGAACCCGGGCACGGUGCUGGACCACACGGUGACGCGGCGAAACCACUUUGAUUACUUUCUGGUGCCGCAGUCCGUGCGACAGGGCAGCGUUUCGCCGACGCAUUACAUCGUGGUGCACAACCAGCCCGACUACAGCCCGGACGUGCUGCAGCGGCUGAGCUACAAGCUGUGCUACCUGUACUACAACUGGCCCGGAAGUGUGCGCGUGCCGGCCUGCUGUCAGUACGCCCACAAGAUGGCCUACCUGAUUGGCCAAUCCGUGAAGCGCAAUCCGGACGAGGUGCUGAACGAUAAGCUGUUCUACCUGUAGAGUGGGCAGAUUUUGUUUUUCGUUACUUAUCGGACCGCGCAGUUAUCACACAUUUUCCCAUUUUCAUUUUAUGUUACCAUUAACAUCGAUUGUUACUUUUUUGGACAAGUUCUGAUUUUUUUGUUCAGUUUAUGAGAAGAUCGUUUUGUUUUUCCUUUCGUGUGUUGGAAUCUCUCACAGUAAUACACACACAUACUACA